CCGCGACCUUAAUCCUCCCUUCGGAUAAACAACUCCCCCUUUCCCUCUCCCCACCCAAAUCCCCAGCUCCUCCAACCUCUCCCCUUCUUUCCUGUCAGCGGCGACGGAUCCAUCGAUCGGUUCGAUCCAGACACCCUCCCAGGCCUCCGGUUUCGAUCGCCAGCGGAUCGGAUUUAUGCAGUCUUACUGCCGCGAGCGCCAGCCAUGCCGCGCGGCAGCAGCUUGGGCAAGAGCUUGAACGAGGGGGAGGAGCCGGGCGGCGCUCGGGCGGUUCGGGUUCGGCGUUGCCGGCAAUGUCCGGGAUGUCCGACUCCGCGGGCGGCGGGCGCAGCGGCGCGGAGCUGAUGGUCGAGCAGUUCCACCUCAAGGUGCUCCACGCCGUCCUCGCCGUGCGAACGCCGCGCCCGCUCGCCGCCGCCGCGGCGCCGUCGGCGGCGUCGUUCCGCCGGAGGGACAGGUGGUUCCACCUCCCGCUGCACGAUCCGCCGCCGCCUCCCGAGGCGGCCGACCGCCUGGAGCCGCUGGCGCCCGGGGAGCCGCUCGUGUUGGACGUCCUCCUGUCCCCCGCCGGCGGUGGAGCGGGAGCGAGAGCGGGAGGGGAGGUGGUGGAGAGGUGGACGGUGGCGUGCGAGCCCUGGCCGGACGCCGCGGUCGGCGAGGAGGUGGCUGUGAACCGCGCGUACAAGCACUGCUUCACGCUGCUCAGGUCGGUGUACGCAGUACUACGCGUCCUCCCUGCGUACCGCGUCUUCCGCCUCCUCUGCGCCAACCACUCCUACAACUACGAGAUGGUCCACCGCGUCGACACCUUCGCCGAGCCCUUCUGGCGCGAUCAGGAGGCAGCCAUGCGCUCCCACCGCUUCGUCCCCGUCGAGACCCAGCUCGGCCGCCUCGUGGUCUCCGUCCAGUACCUCCCCAGCCUUGCCGCCUUCAACCUCGAGAUCACCUCUCUUUCUAUAAUCCCCGACUACGUCGGCAGCCCGGCCGCGGAGCCCAUGCGCGCCUUCCCGGCCUCGCUCACCGAAGCCACGGGCUCCGCCUUCCCACCGUCCAAUCAGCUGCAGCGCCCGCACAGCUGGGCUCCGCCUGUGUUCUGCCCGCACUCGCCGGCACAGCAGGCCAUGUUCUCGCCGCCACCAGUGAUUUACGCCUCACCGACGCCCUCGCCUCCCCACUUUCCAGGUGGGUAUCUGCAAUCGCGUCGUCUCUUUAGGGGGGAGUCUGCGCCAGUGCCAAUACCACAAGGGGGCGAGAGGAGGAGCCCUGUGCACCGCCAGAACACGCUGCCACCGCCUUCUCCGAGAAGAGGAGAGAUGGGGACAGCAGGUGCUCAGGAGUCUCCAUCAGAGAGUGGCCGGUUGAUUGGGAAGUUGGAAGGACUUCGGAUAGCUGAUCCCCAUUCAACCUUGUCACCCAGACAUAAGGGAAAGGAGAAUAAAGAUGAAUCUGGCAGGUUCUCUGCGCUCUCCUCAUGUGAUUCCCCUCGGCAAGAUGAUUCGGAUGAUUAUCCUUUUUUCUGCGAUGAUGUUGACACACCAGUCUCCCAACCUGGGAGCAGUGAUGGGAAGGAAAAAGGUGAUCAGGCAGGUCCUUCGUCCCAUAAAUCUCAAGAUGCACAAGUCGGUUCUCUAGUCAACCUGCUGAGAAAUGCCCGCCCGCUGCGAGAUCCUUGCUAUUCCUUACAAACAUCAAGGGCUGAGUCCAGUGAAGCAGCCUCAGCAAGCUCCGUCACACCCCGUAGGACAUCUGACGCGCUCGAGGAGCUCCAGUCCUUCAAAGAGAUAAGGGAGCGACUGCUGUCCCGGAGCAGCGCAAAACAUCAAGAGCCACCAGGGAAACCAUAGUCAUUCUUUCCUUCGUUUCUCUUAACAUCACCGCUGAGAAGAGACCCCAAACCACAAUACAGGAUGCAUGGUGAGCUAAGGAAACUUUUGUUGAGGUGCUCAUGUAUAUAUGACUGCUGAAAUUGAUGCUUUUGGUUGAAGAUAAGGCACCAGCUUCAACUUAUUUCAGCUAAAGAAUUACUCACUCACCAUUCUUAACGAGUGAGGGCCAUGAUCCGCUGCUGUUCAUACUCUUUUGUGCAUAUGGGAAGUUAAGCCGAUACACGUAGGUGAGAGGGAGCCUGUGAUGGAUGAACGAUGUGCUCUAGUGUGUGCGCGUGUGUAAAUUAUGUAAACUGCUCGGAACCAAGUGUUCAGUAGACACCGAUCUUUGAAGAAGCCCUUCAGAAGACUAGUUUUUCUUUGCUCUUUCUGUUUGAACUCGAAAGUUAUGGAUUGCUGUCUGCAGUAGGAAAAGAGAAUUAGAUAUAUCUGGUGUUGUGUUUUGGUGUUGUUUUAUCUUGUCUUUUACCCCCCUAUCUUAAUGCAAUGACAGUUCAAGAAAAUAUAA